GGGAGGAGGCACUAAAGCUUUGUUGUUAUAAUAAAGGCUCAACCACGGUCAGCGUUUUCCCUCACCGGGUCACGUUUCUUCUGUCCAGUUUCCACGGUGCAAGUUGGGCAGAAAACUGCGGAUUUUCUCUUGGAGCGUUAAAAGAAGAACGGAGAGUUAACGACACGGUGAAGGAAACCAUCCGUAGACAUACCCAGUGAUGGUCUGCUGUAGAAACCAGAUUAUGUGGCUUUACCUACGAUCUCCACCCCUCCUGACAAGUCUUUGACACUCUGGACUUUAAAUGUAAUUAAGGUCAGACUCCCUCAUUCCUGCUAUAAUGGAGAAUCACAGCCUGCUGUCCCUCACUGUGGCCUUGCUGGGUUUUCUGAGCCCAUGUCUGACAAGACUGAAUCCCAGAGUCUCCUUCCCUAUGGGUAGUCCUGGGAGACACCUCACCCGCUUCAGUAGCCAUGAUGUCAGCAACACCACCACACUGCUGCUCAGUGAGGAUGGAGACAUGCUGUAUGUAGGAGCCCGGGAUGCUGUGUUAGCACUGGAUGUUAGCCACAAGGACGUCAUCAUACUGAGGAGCAAGCUGGACUGGAGCCCUUCAGAGAAAGACCUUGAACAAUGUUCCAUGAAAGGCAAGAAAAUGGCCGACUGUCCCAAUUUCAUUCGUGUACUGCAGUUUUUGAACACCACCCACAUCUAUGCCUGUGGAACAUUUGCCUUCAGUCCACGCUGCACCUAUGUUAACUCAGAGACGUUAACAAUGAGCCUCAAGCCUGAUGAAGGAAGAGGCCGCUGCCCCUAUGACCCCUUCCAACGCAAUUCUGCUAUCAUUGUAGAUGGAGAGCUUUAUACCGGGACGGUGGCAGACUACAGGGGGAACCGGCCAGUCAUCUCCCGGCACCUCAGUGAGGGCAGGCGCGUUGACCUGAAGUUGGAUGAUACGUUAGGAUGGCUGGAGGAUCCAACCUUCAUCAGCUCCAGUUUCAUUCCUGAUGAGGAGAAAAUCUACUUCUUCUUCAGUGAAGUGGGCAGAGAGUAUGACUUCAUCGACAAAUUUAUUGUCUCUCGUGUUUCGCAGAUCUGCAUGAGUGAUGUUGGAGGCCAGCGGACCCUGCAGCGACGCUGGACCACGUUUGCCAAAGCUCAGCUGUUGUGCCAGGCUGACAAUGAGCUGCCCUACAAUGUGAUCCAGGACAUAGACACCCUCCCACCAGCAGAGGGAGCUCCUGCAGAUGACACACUUUUUUAUGGCAUCUUCACCUCCCAGUGGUCUAUCAACUCUGGACAGUCAGCAGUAUGUUCAUUCCGCCUGACUGACAUCAAAUCAGUUUUCUCUGGUAACUACAAAGUCCUGAACCGGGACACUUUACAGUGGAGCACACGGGUUCAAGAGAAGGUCGCAAAUCCAGGAGAGUGCGGCCUACACAACGCAUCAGACAAUGCCCUGCGCUUUGUCAAAGAAAACUUCCUGGCAGAUGACAGUGUGCGGCCAGUUGGAAGAAGCCUGACCAUGGUGUCUGCUGAGCACAACUACAGCCAUCUGACUGUCCAGAGAGUCCAGGCUGCCAACAACAGAGAAUACACUGUCCUGUUUCUGCUUACAGAGUCUGGUUACCUACACAAAGCAGUGCUGCUGCAGGGUGGGACCCACAUCAUAGAGGAGGUCCAGGUUUUUGAGCAGCCUCAGCCUAUCAAGAGCCUGAAGCUCUCCAUAACCAAGGGUAUGAUAUAUGUCGGCACAUCAGAGGGUGUGGUGAGGGUUCCAACAGCCAACUGCUCUUUCUACUGGACCUGUCCGCAGUGUGUUCUGGCCCGAGACCCCUUCUGUGGUUGGGACCCUUUCAGCAGGGCCUGUGUGGAGGCCUCCAACAACCAGACCAGUCUAGGCCAGGACAUAGACAGAGGGAAUGUUGAAGAGGCAUGCAACAGUGUUUCAUUAACACAUAGCUCCAGAUUUGGGCCAAACAAACUGCCUGCAGGUGAGCUGGUUUCAGUGUCUCUGAAUGAAGUGGUGCGGCUGCAGUGUCCCGCGGUGUCGCGGCUUUCCCAGCAGCUGUGGGAGCGUCCUAACAGCCGGCUGUCCUCAGACCUGUACCUGCACCUGAAGGAUGGGAGUCUGAGCUUUGUGGCCACACCCACUACACUGGGCCACUACCUCUGCCUGUCCACUGAGAACGGAUAUCAACAGACUAUGGCCAUCUAUCAUGUCAAACAGAAGAGCAGCCCCAUGGCUCAAACUCCAACCAGCUACACAUGGCCUCAGACACACCCCAUACCCACCACACAGGCUGUGGCAAGGCCUGGGCCUGGACUAUAUACCUCUGUGGGGACUUGGCCUAAGAGAAUAGAAACAAUACAAGGAGAGACUGAGCCAACAGUGUCCAGCAGAGACACUCCGGUCACCACCAGACAGCUGGGCAGAAACUUGACCCUGUGGACAGAGGAAUCUGGGCAGAAAGAGGCAGAGGUUCAGGACGGGGAGCCCCUGGUGUUGGCCCGAGGCCCCUGCUACCUAAAGGAGCUGGUGGUUGUGUCAGUUCUGCUAUUGCUCUGCCUCAGUCUGCAAAUCACCAUGCUUAUGUAUGUCAUCAGACAGCGCUGCCGCAGCCGAACCGCCCCACAGGCAGGAACUCCAACCAGAGACUCUGACAGAAGGACCCCUGUGGAACAGGAGGCUCUCAGGGGGAACCAGUUUCUGAGCAAAUGCAACGGACAAGCCCUGCACAGCGGACAGAUGAGACCAGAGGUGAAGAGAGGUCAUCCCAAGUACCAGAGUCACCAUGGUGACUGCCAGUGGGUGGUUCUGUUUGCACAGCCAAUGACAAGGUACAAACACUGUGGACUCAUAUGAACCUGAUAGGUAAGAUUAGGAUCCAAUGGAUGUGAAGAUGAAAGACAAUCUUCCUGUGGUUCUUAAAUGAAGACACAUGACUGACGCUGAAACACAUUGGCUGUUAUGUUCUAAAUGUUCUGUGUGUUUUCAGUUACUAGACAGUAACAUUUGAGACAGAAAGGUACAAGCUGAUCCAGUACAGUAUAACAUAUUUUCAUAGAAUAGUCAGUGUUUGAUGCAAAGCCAGUUAUGCAUCUCUUUUCAUGGGAUAAUUACAUUUUUCAUCCAAAACACACAUGAACAAAAGUGUUACAUUUUGAAAUUUCCUCUCUCAUUUUGAAAAGAGAAGAGCCUGGGCCCAUGUUCAUCAAACUUCUAAGAAUCAGUCAUUUUACAUACAUCAAUAAAUAUGCAGCAUUAACCUCUUACAUGAUGACACAGUGCUAUCUCAGUGUGUUUAUGUACAUGCACUUCAUUAAAGAGGUUAAAGUUGUCUUUCUGCAGUCACAUAAACGAGAAACCUGGGGUGCUUCUCAUUCGCCUUACUUCCUUUCCUUGUUCUUCAGGUGACCUGGAAAUUGAUCUGGUCCGCCAACAUGAAAGACGUCUCAAUUCCCUUAUUUCUGUUCUGAGAAGCAAGGAGGCUGUCCAAAGGAGGCAUGAGCGAGGAUACAGGAGACUUCACUGAAGUCUCAGACCGA